AUGAAGCUCCGGUACGGAUUUGGCAUUCCUGACCUCUGUGGGCUGCUAUCGGCGCUUGUUCCUCAACCUGGAAAUAAGUUUGUUGAAGAAAGCAUGCUUGCACCUCCUCCUGAGGAUGAGUGGCGCUCGGCCAAGUCGUUGAAUCCUGGGAAAAUGCAAACUUCCACAUCAUCGACGAAGGUGAUGCUCUUCCCAGGGCCUCACCCACAGGCUCACACCAAGCAUAUGUGGAUGGAGAGACACAAGCCCCACGGAAGGAGACCUGUAUCGACGUCAAAGGUUGCGAUUUGGGGUUCCUGGUCCCAGAACCAGACGGGCUGGUCGUGCUUGAUAGCGUUUUCGAACAUCGAGGCAGCUACUGUAUACUCGGAUAGACUUUCAAGCGUGCUCUCUGGCAGCAACGCUCAGAUGGUCGACAAACUGACCAAGCACUGGGUCCGGGCGUGUUACUACAUCUGCCGCUUGGGGCUCAACGAUGCGUCGCUGCGCUUGGUAGACAUCUCGGAAGCCAUUGAUAAUCUGCGGUACCUAAACGCAGCAACGCCCAAGCCUGGGGGCGCCCUUGCGUGCUUGAUGUAUAUGAACCAACUUGAGUACCAGAAGCGACUGGUGGACUUCCUCUCAGCCAGUCUCGGCAAGUUCCCAACGAACUGGGACAUCGUCCAGAAGCCUGGGUGGACCAAGGACAUGGCAAAGAAGUGUCGUCUGUUGAGCUCAAAUAUCGACAAGGUCUACGAGGAGGCUAGUAAGCUGCGAAACUUGGUUAUUGAACACUAUGGGCUUGCCCAGUCGCGCAAUCUCGGGUUCCUCACCAUCCUGGCUUCAUUCUUCGUCCCCAUCACAGCCGUUUCUGGUUUCUUUGGCAUGAAUACCACCGAGAUUAACGGCGGAACCUGGCCCACCAAGUACUUCGGCAUUGUUGCCGGGUCACUAACUUUCGUAUCUGUGCUUUUACCUCUCGUGGUCCUCUCACUCAUCGAUGCUGUGCUGCGCUUCUUGUCGCAGGACAUCCUGCGCCACUUCUUCGCUAGCGUUAUCCUGCUCGUCGCUCUCGCCGCCAACAUCCACCUCGUCAUCCUCUAUAAUGCGGACUGGAGCCUGGGCAUCCAGAUAUGGUUCGCCGUCGGCAGGCUGGUGAUGCCGGUGAUCACAGUUGCCCAGUACGUGACCAUCGACCUCACGUUGCCCAUCAUCCGGGCGAUACAAGUCCACCGCCGCCGCGACCAGGAUCUAGGGUCGACCGCGUUCAGUGUCGCAGAGGCAAUGAAAGAAGCUCCUCUGGAGCGGAAGUGGCGUCUAGCCGUGUUCACAGUGCUGACAGUGGUCUAUUUCAUUGGGUAUUUCGUAAAUGCGCAUACUUCUAUUGUCGCAAUGGGACUGUACUAUGUCUACGUUGGAGUGGCGUGGUACUGGCAUAGAAGGCGCAGCAAGCGGUCCAUGGAGUGA